AUGGGUAAUCAUCAAAGCAUCCAAGGGGAGAUUGGCACACUGGAAAUAAAAUAUAGCUCUUUUUUCCGCAUAGCCCAUCGUGACACAAUCGACGGGAAGUAUCCGCGCAUCCAUUUCCAGAUUGAUGCCGCGGUAUGCGAGUUUUAUGCUAUUCGUUUGUAUCACUUCCGCUGCCAGGAAGUGCCGUCGCCUGAUGUUCGUAUUCAAGAUUCUGUUUCCUCAUUCCUGCAGAUUGCACAUCGACUCCAGCGUAUGAAGGCCCGCUACAGCUGGUUUGACCGAUCUCUUUUCCUCGUUGGUAUUGAAACGCGUGAUGCCAUCCACAGGGAUUGGAUACAGGGACGGAUGAUUCGGGCUGACUUGAUCAGAGCCUUGUCCAGGGUAUGGGAGGGCGAGAAGAUGUAUGGGCGGCGACUUAGCAAGGAGUACAUGCAGGUUAUCCUGCGAGGAGAAGGGGUGCUAUACGAUUCCGCCAUAGAAGUAUCGGUUUGGCAGUAA